AUGACAACUUCCAGAGCACUGACUGACGAUGAAGUUUCUAAUGAAAUGAGCAAAAUGGUUGCCUUUAUCAACCAAGAAGCCCUUGAAAAAGCAACCGAAAUUAAAGUCAAGGCUGACGAAGAGUUUAAUAUUGAAAAGGCUAAGCUUGUACGUCAAGAAUCUAUCAAUAUUGAAGCCACCUAUCAAAGAAAGAUCAAGCAAGCUGAAAUUCAAAAGAAAAUUGCACAAUCAAACCUUAUCAAUAAAUCACGUCUCAAGGUUCUUCAAGAACGUCAACAAAUGCUUGAAGAACUUUUUGGAGAAACUCGAUCUAAACUCAAAGAGAUUUCUCAAAACAAGGAUUCAUAUAUUAAUUUAUUGAAAGAUUUGAUAUUACAAGGGCUUUAUCAAUUAAUGGAUGAAAAUGUAUCAAUUAUCGUCAAGGAAUCCGAAUUGGAUCUUGCUCAAAAUGCCAUUAAACUUGCCACAAAGACUUUUACGGAUGAAACUCGCUCACCAGUGCAUAUUGAAAUUGGCAAAGAGAACUUACCAGAAGAAUGGUAA